AUGAUGAAGUCUGUGCUCUUGGCUAUUCUCGUUGUUGGAGAUACUUUUAUCAUCCAGAUCUCCCUCCAGUACAGAAGUGGUGGUAGCUGGUACCACCAUUGUGGUGGCACCCUCAUUUCUGAAGAGUGGGUUUUGACUGCUGCUCACUGCCUCUAUAAUUCCCUAAAUGACAGAAUGCAUUUGGGAAAACAUAACAUGUAUGAGGAAGAGAGUGGAUCUAUCAUCAUCUACAUUAGCAAGAUCGUUAUCCAUCCUGGCUGGAAUUCUAACAAUUUACGUAACGACAUCGCCCUGAUCAAACUGCAGACUCCUGUAACCCUAAGUGACACUAUCAGCCCUGCAUGUCUUCCGCCGGAUGGGCAUGUUCUGCCCCACAAUGCUCCCUGCUAUGUCACUGGUUGGGGACGUCAGAACACCAGUGGUCCCAUUUCUGGUGCACUGCAGCAGGCUGUCCUGCCUGUGGUGGAUUACGCCACCUGCUCUAGGUCUGACUGGUGGGGCUCUCAGGUCACACAAAAAAUGAUCUGCGCUGGUGGAGAUGGUGUUGUUGCUGGAUGUACUGGUGACAAUGUUGGCCCCCUAAAUUGUGCUGGUAGCAACGGUAUUUGGGAAGUCCAUGGUGUUUUAUCCCAUACGAUUCCAAAUACCUGCCUAAUACUCAAGAGGCCCAACAUUUUCACUCGUGUGAGCGCAUACAUUGACUGGAUCAGCAGCAGCAUGGCCAGCUAUUAA